CUAAAUCCCCCGCAACUCGUCUUUCCCUUUGCGAAAAUCGAAGUUUGGCGGGUUACAUAGUUUCGCGCCGUUGUGGUGUUUCCCUUUGCGGAAUCUCUACAACUUUACCUGGUUAACACUAACAAGUUCAAGCUCCAUAGCCUCUCUGCUCGCCACUUCAAAUUUCCGCCGCGAAUCGUUUGUCCCGACUGGAUUCGACCUUUGCAGGUCACGUUUAUGUACUAGGUACACCUGCGAAUUCCCCUUCGUCUUACAUUCCCAUUCUCACUGCAUAUUCUGCAACUUGAAGGUUGAUUUAUUGGUACCGACCUUAAGUAACAUGCGAUGUUGGACGAAAGUAAGUUUGACGUGCAUCUUAAGUUGUGGGCACUUAGAAUUCCUUGCCAACUCUGCAAGCCCGUUCUUCACAAACUAAAUGGAUAUUUGCUUAAUAAGCCCCGUGUCAAACCCAUCACUGAAGAUCCAUCAUGUGAAAAAAGCCGCUAUUUGAUUUUAUCUGAAAGGAUUCAAAAUCCUGACUUAUCUGACAUUCCAGACCAAACACUCGAUGCCUUGAAGAAGUUAUGCAAUAUUGAAGUCGUUCCCUAUUCAUUAACACUUGGGUAUUCUUAUUGGAGUGCAGAUCAUGUUUUGAAGCAGAUAUUACCUCUUGGAGUGGAGGUGCCUUCAUCUUUUGAAACAAUAGGUCAUAUUGCUCAUCUAAAUAUAACUGAGGAACUACUUCCUUACAAGGAUGUUAUUGCGAAGGUCAUCUAUGAUAAAAAUCAGCCAAGAAUCAAAACCAUUGUUAACAAAGUUGGAACCAUAACAAAUGAAUUCCGAGUGCCAAAAUUUGAAAUUUUAGCAGGAAAGGAUGACAUGGUUACAGAACUGAAGCAAUAUGGGGCAACGUUCAAACUUGAUUAUGGCUUGGUCUAUUGGAACUCAAGACUGGAACAUGAACACAGACGACUGGUUUCUCAGUUUCAGGCAGGAGAGAUUGUUUAUGACAUGUUUGCUGGAGUUGGUCCUUUUACAAUUCCCGCCGCACAAAAGGGGUGUAUAGUACAUGCUAAUGAUUUAAACCCUGAUAGUGCUCAUUAUUUAAAGAUCAAUUCAAGCAUCAACAAAGUAGAGGAUUGUGUUUUUGCAUACAAUAUGGAUGCAAGGGCAUUCAUCUCUCAAUUGCUGGCAGUGCCGGUGAGUGAGAUUGAACAGAAAUCUCAGAUUCCUAUUCUCAAAGCCUGUGAGGAAUGCAACAUACCAGCUGAUGGCAAAGAGUGUUCUGAAAAUGGAGGGUGCAUAGUUGAGAUGAAAGACAUGGUGGGUACUGAUUCAAGGGAUAAGAAAGGUAUAGGAGGAUCAUGUACAGACAUUGAUGCUGUGGGUGCUGCCGCUAAAAGACGUGUGGAAAGUUGUGAGGAAGAAGGCAAAAAUGUGGAUGGUGAGAGCUUAUCUGCGCACCAUAGGAGUAAAGAGACCACAAACAAAAGAAUGAGACGCUCUAGGGUAUCCAAUACUAAGACAUGGGAACAUGUGGAUCAUGUGAUUAUGAAUCUACCUGCAUCUGCCAUACAGUUUCUUGAUGCUUUUAGGGGCCUUAUCCGAAGGGAAUACUGGAAGGGACCUUUGCCUUGGAUUCACUGCUAUUGCUUUAUGCGGUCAAAUGAAUCAGAAGAAUCGAUAAUCUCUGAAGCGGGGUCUGCUUUGAAUGCUAGGAUACCAGACCCCAUAUUCCAUAGGGUUAGAGAUGUUGCUCCAAACAAGGCAAUGUUUUGCUUUAGUUUUCGGCUGCCGGAGGAGACCUGUUUCAAUUAAAACACUGAAGUUACCCUACAGUCUGCCGAGAAGCAGCUUUAAUUUCUAACUUAAUUGAUCCCUUUUGUAUCAUGAACCUCUUCAUCAUGUGUAUCAUUUCCAAGGCUACAGUUUAAUUUAUAUUGGUACUUUCUUCACGAGGUCUUGGUCUAGAGAUAUGCUGUUUGCAAGCCGGCCGGCCGGGCGGCAGUCAGUAUGCAUGCUGGAUAA